UUGGUGGUAUAUACCUGUGGUGCGUGGAUGCAACCGUCGUCGUCCACCGUCCACACCGUCUAAAGGCACAUGCUUCUCGCCGCUCUCACGGAACGAGUACGGUACGAGUACGACCAUUCUCCGGUUUACACCGCGGUGUCGCCGGUACUUUAUUGUACUCUUUGUCCGCCACGGAACUCGGUGCUUGUACUCGGCCGUCGGUCCUGGGUUAAUAGCCACCGAGAGACACCGAGGACUGUAAACGUUACACCCCACAAAACACACUACGCCCGCAUGUCCUCGUGCUGAUCGUGAGGGAAAGAGCCUCUCAGAGCUAACCGUUACAAUUAUCGGUCCCUUCCCAUUCCGCCUUCUUCUUCUUCUUCUCUUCUCCCCUCAAUCCCUCUUCUCUUCUUCAUAUCCUCAAUCCAUACAAAUACUUGGUUCCUCCCAGCCAGGUAGGACUCUGAGUGCCAUUCCUCAAUUAAUCCGCGCAUUUACAACAUAACCCGACAAGAUGGUUAAAGACUUCCCCAAGAUCAAGGCCAUUAGGACCUACGUGAUCGAUGGCGUUGGCUCCGGAGGCGAUUACCACAAUGUCGAGGGCGGCCAUUGGCUCGUCGACACCUCCAUCUCCACGCCUAUGUCGAGAUGGGAGCAAUAUCGUGCUUCGAGACUGAGCUGGGGAAUUAACGUUCUGGGCUCCUUCUGUGUGGAAAUCGAGGGAACAGAUGGCACAGUUGGCUUUGCUACUGGAUUCGGAGGCCCUCCUGCUUGCUGGCUCGUCCACCAGCACUUCGAGCGCUUCCUGAUCGGUGCUGACCCGAGAGACACAAACCACAUCUUCGAACAAAUGUACCGCGCCUCCAUGUUCUACGGCCGCAAGGGUCUUCCCGUUGCUGUCAUCUCCGUCAUUGAUUUGGCACUUUGGGAUCUCCAAGGAAAGGUUCGCAACGAGCCAGUCUACAAGCUGAUCGGUGGUGCAACCCGCGAGAAGCUCGAUUUCUACUGCACCGGCCCGGAGCCCACUGCUGCUAAGAAGAUGGGUUUCUGGGGAGCUAAGGUCCCGCUUCCAUACUGCCCAGAGGAGGGCCACGCCGGCCUCAGGAAGAACGUUGAGUUCCUCCGCAAGCACCGCGAGAGUGUUGGACCAGACUUCCCAAUCAUGGUCGACUGCUACAUGAGCUUGAACGUCCAGUACACAAUUGAGAUUGUCAAGGCCUGCUUAGACCUCAACAUUAACUGGUGGGAGGAGUGUUUGUCGCCUGAUGACACUGAUGGAUUUGCGCUCAUCAAGCGCGCCCACCCGCAAGUCAAGUUCACGACCGGAGAGCACGAGUACUCGCGCUACGGAUUCCGCAAGCUCAUCGAGGGCCGCAACCUCGAUAUCAUCCAGCCCGACGUGAUGUGGCUCGGUGGACUGACCGAGCUCCUGAAGGUCUCCGCCAUGGCCGCCGCCUACGACAUCCCUGUCGUCCCCCACGCCAGCGGCCCUUACAGUUACCACUACGUUAUCUCGCAGACCAACUGCCCCUUCCAAGAAUACCUCGCAAACUCUCCCGACGGAAAGAGCGUCCUCCCCGUCUUCGGCGACCUCUUCAUCGACGAGCCCAUCCCGAUCAACGGCUACCUCACCGCCGACCAGCUCGACAAGCCCGGCUUCGGUCUCACCCUCAACCCCGCCGCUCGCCUGAUCCCCGCACAAUACCUCCUCACCCCCAACCCGGAACGCCCACUCGGCGGCCCGCUCCAGCGCGCUCAGAUUGAGGCUGCACCUGUUGCCGCAGCUCCGGUUGUUUCACAGGAGGCUUCUGUCCCAGCAGUCACUGCGCAGGAGGCUGCCGCCGCGACGGAGAAAUCCACGCCAACGGUUGAUGGCGGGAAGGAGCAGACGAGUAUUGUAGAGGAGCUGGUGAAUGGGGUCAACGGAUUGACGACAUCUGCAUGAUUGGGGACUUUAUGAAACUACAUAUUCUUUGCUGUUUGCUCUUUUGCUUGAUUGUUUUGUUGCCUUUCAUUGGCUUCGCGGGGGGACCUCGGGGAAUAAAUUGACUUGUGUUAUUGUAUUUUUUGGCAGUAGAAGGUAGUUUAGACUUUUUUGUGCA